CCCUCCCUAUUGUGUUGCCUUUGGCGCCUUGGUGCUAUAUAAGCCGCGGCAGGGGCCGAAGCACAGGCUUUGCUGCCGCUGCUGGGGACGGGGGGGUCACUGAGCUUUCCAAGGGAGCCGCCGCGCCAUGGAGAUGAAGAAGCGGCUGACGCUGGAGUUGCGGAACAAGAAGCCUAGCGAGGUGAAGGAGCUGGUGUUGGACAACUGUCGCUCGGACGAUGGGAAAAUCUGUGGCCUCUCCUCAGACUUUGAAAACCUUGAAUUCCUCAGCAUGAUCAACGUCAACCUCCUCUCGGUCUCCAACCUCCCCAAGCUUAGCAAACUUCGGAAGCUGGAGCUGAGUGACAAUCGCAUCUCCUGUGGCUUGGAAGUGCUCGCGGAGAAGACCCCCAACCUGACACAUUUGAAUCUGAGCGGGAACAAAAUCAAGGACUUCACCACGUUGGAACCACUGAAAAAAUUGCCGCACCUACGGAGUUUGGACCUCUUCAACUGCGAGGUCACGAUGCUGAUCAAUUACCGGGAGAGUGUCUUUGCACUGCUGCCCCAGUUGACCUACUUGGAUGGCUUUGACGCCAGCGACAAGGAGGCCCCGGAUUCUGACCCCGAAGCAGACGGGCUAGAUGACGACUACGACGAGAAUGGAGAAGAAGGGGAGGAGGAGGAUGAAGAAGAUGAGGAAGAAUUGGAUGAAGAUGCUGUAGAUGACGAAGAGGAUGAAGACGAUCUGGACGGCGAAGAAGAAGAAGAUGGGGUAGAAGAUGAGGAGGAAGAAGAUGAAGAGGAGGGAGAAGAUGAAGAUGAUGAUGAAGGUGAAGAGGACAUCCAGCAUGGCGAGAAACGAAAACGAGAACUGGAAGACGAGGGAGAGGAGGAUCCGGAGGAUGAGGAAGAUGAAGAAGAUGACUGACUCCUCCAUCUCCUCGCCAGUCAAUCAGUUUUGCGGACUGUGACUUUUCUCACCCUGGCCUCCACUGUUGUGUCCCACGUGAGACUGUAACAAAUUCUCCUCCACCCUUCCCACAGUGGCAUCCCUGCCCCACACCCCUCUUUGUAUGGCUGCAACUCCCACAGUAUAUUUUUUUAAAAUGUAGAAGAAGAAAAAAAAAAGCAGUAGGCGUUUUGGAAAACGUUCCCUCCCCCCUCCACGGAAUGCUCACUUCUCUUGUGACCCCGCCCACUCCCUGUUUGGGUAUUUCGUGACCAAAGGCAUUCUUAAUUUGGUGGUUUGUAGGGUGACCCCCCCUUCCCCCCAGCAAUAUAUUUUUCUCCCCUCCCCAGUUUCUGGGGUUUGGCCUCUGCCUCGGCUCACUUGGGCACCACCGAGUGCCCCCAAGCUUCUACUGAAACAGACCCGACCCACCGCCAACUUUGGACCAGCGUUCUGAGAGCACGGUGGAACCUUAGGAGCUAAAACCAAACUCGGGGCUGUGUGGCAUCUGGAAGUUCUUGGCCCGUUAUAACACCUCCCGGAUAACUGCCACGGGUGGGCCUAUUAAAAAGGUUGCUGGAUGACCACAAGUAUAUCCAGGACUGUUUCCCCCCCCCCCUCUCGAAUUGAUUUUUACCUACUGAAGAGGAGAUCUGCAAUGAGGCCAUUUACCUUUAAACCGGAUUAUUACUUUUUAUUGUCAAAAAGUUGCUGUUUUGCUCUAGCUGGCUGCCUCCUGCCUGUUGGGGAAUAUCCUGUUUGAUUGGUGUUUGCAGAUUAGCUUCUUUAGCAAGAAAGGAAGUUGGAAGUAUCUGACCUCAACUGUUAGUGUGGCGGGGUUUACCCUUUGAGGGGUCCCGUAUUAUCUGAUGCCGGUGUUGGGGUAUUAAGUUGCCCGCCUCCCCAAAUCCACAGCAUCCUUACAAAUGCAAUGGUUAGUAGAUGCCAUCUUUGUUUGUAGAGAUGGGAGGGGGGUGCUCUAUCAAGCCUAGGUUACCCCAAAGAUAGUUUGGGGGGGAAGGGAACUGAGUGAGGCAAAGGACAGAAUGAAUAUUACUAAUCAUAGUUCUUCCUGUCCUUGAGAUGGAGACAAAUAUAUUGGCUAGAGAGGUGGGAUGAAAAAAUUGGAGAAAGAUUGACCUCCCCACACACACUUUUUGUGUGCAGCGAGUAUUAAAUCUUUAAAAACAAAACCACCUGAAUUCAGAGCUGAGGUUCGGGCUAGAAUUUUCAUUUUCCCCAUCUCAUUCAGUCAUUUGAGUUUUAUAUCUUAGUCCUAGUUAAGUUUGACUUUUUAAUUUCAUUGAAACUAAUCCCCAAAACUGGGAUUUUUUUUGUGUUGUUGUUGGGGAGGGGGAGGUUGGUCCUUUUCUAUCUUUUUUUUUUUUUUGUUAUAAAAUUUGGAUAAAACUUGUAAUAAAAGAAUGAGUUUUUAAAAAGCAAUUGUACAACAGGUUAAUACUUUACUGAUUGUCGUAGUACAGGGUUGGCAAGCUUCUUGGCCUUGUGUUAGGCUUUACCCCUGAAUGCGGAAAGUCCGUUUCUGAUCCCCUGAACCCACAGCCCAAUGGAAUAAGUGGGAACAGACAUAUGAGAAUUCUUUGAGUGCAUAGAAAAAUCAAGGGUCUCUAUGCAAGAGCUUUCUCAUUUGCAUGUCGAGGUGUUUAUUUAAAACAGUUGUUCUCUCGCUUUCCAUAUAAAUGAGGCACGUUACUAUGA